UCCCUUGGCAGCCCAGCCCGGCGGGCGCUGCCGGCCGCUGCUGCUUCUCCCCCCUUCCCCCUCCCCGGUGCAAAUCUGGGGGCGCCCCCCCUUCCUAUCUUUGCAACCCCCCCUCUGGGGAUUGCACGGGGCCCGGCCAGGAUGCAACAGCCCUAGAAGCAACCCCCCAAAAAACAGGGGGUGUCAGGUUUGCAACUCAAUUUCCUGCCCCCCCCUACACCCCAAUCUCAGCCAGGCCCUAGGGAUGGUGCGGAGAGGCCCCUGGAAGGACAGGACGGCCCUGUGAUCUCCGGCGGCGAGCGCUGAGGGUCAGGGGAGAGCCGCCAUGGCCAGCGCCUCCGUCAAAGUAGCCGUAAGAGUUCGGCCUUUCAGCUCCCGGGAGAUCAGCCGGGACGCAAAAUGCGUCAUUCAGAUGCAAGGGAAAACCACAUGUAUCACCAAUCCCAAGCUGACAAAAGAUGCACCCAAAAACUUCACCUUCGAUUAUUCCUACUGGUCCCACACCUCGGAGGAGGACCCCACCUUCGCCUCCCAGCGGCAGGUGUACAAGGACAUCGGGGAGGAGAUGCUGCUUCACGCCUUCGAGGGCUACAACGUCUGUAUCUUCGCCUACGGCCAGACCGGGGCCGGCAAGUCCUACACCAUGAUGGGCCGGCAGGAGCCGGGUCAGCAGGGGAUCAUCCCCCAGCUCUGUGAGGAUCUGUUCGCCCGGGUCACCGAGAGCCGUUCCCCCGACCUGUCCUAUUCCGUGGAGGUAAGCUACAUGGAAAUCUACUGCGAGCGGGUGCGGGACCUGCUGAACCCCAAGAACCGGGGGCACCUGCGGGUGCGGGAGCACCCCAUCAUGGGCCCCUACGUGGAGGACCUGUCCAAACUGGCCGUCACCUCCUUCGCCGACAUCGCCGACCUCAUGGACUGCGGGAACAAGGCCAGGACCGUGGCUGCCACCAACAUGAACGAAACCAGCAGUCGCUCGCACGCUGUGUUCACCAUCGUUUUCACGCAGAGGAGACACGACGAGCUGACCGACCUCGACACCGAGAAGGUCAGCAAAAUCAGCCUGGUGGAUCUGGCCGGCAGCGAGCGAGCCGAGUCGUCCGGCGCCAAGGGCAUGAGGUUAAAGGAAGGUGCAAACAUCAACAAAUCCCUCACCACGCUGGGGAAGGUGAUCUCCGCCCUGGCCGAGAUGCAAAACAACAAAAAGAAGAAAUCGGAUUUCAUCCCUUACCGCGACUCGGUGCUCACCUGGCUCCUCAAGGAGAACCUGGGCGGUAACUCCCGCACGGCCAUGAUCGCCGCCCUCAGCCCGGCCGACAUCAGCUACGAGGAGACGCUCAGCACGCUCCGCUACGCGGACCGGACCAAGCAGAUCCGGUGCAACGCGGUGAUCAACGAGGACCCGAACGCGCGGCUCAUCCGGGAACUGAAGGAGGAGGUGGCCCGGCUGAGGGAGCUGCUCUUCGCCCAGGGCCUCUCCGACGCCCCCCUCCUCGGCGGCUUGAAGGGGGAAGCUCCUGACAGCUGCUCCCCAGCGCCCCCACGGCCCUUCAACCCCACAGCCGAGCCCCGGUCCCCCGGCCCCCUUAACGGGGGGUCCGAGCCCUUCCCCACCCUGGAGGAGCAGGUCAUCUGCACGGAGGAGGCAAUGGAGAGGCUGCAGGAGACGGAGAAAAUCAUCGCGGAGCUAAACGAGACGUGGGAGGAGAAGCUGCGGAAAACCGAGGCUCUUCGGAUGGAGAGGGAGGCGCUCCUGGCCGAGAUGGGUGUGGCCGUGCGGGAAGACGGUGGCACUGUGGGGGUCUUCUCCCCGAAAAAGACCCCGCACCUGGUGAACCUGAACGAGGACCCGCUCAUGUCGGAGUGUCUGCUCUACCACAUCAAGGACGGCGUGACCAGGGUGGGCCAGGUGGACGUCGACAUCAAGCUGACGGGACAGUUCAUCAAAGAGCAGCACUGCGUUUUCCAGAGCUGCACCGGCCCCACCGGGGAAGCCAUCGUCACACUGGAGCCGUGCGAGGGGGCUGAGACCUAUGUCAACGGAAAGCAGGUGACGGAGCCGCUGGUCCUGAGGUCAGGUAACCGCAUCGUGAUGGGCAAGAACCACGUUUUCCGCUUCAACCACCCGGAGCAGACGCGGCUGGAGCGGGAGCGCAGCGCCCCCGCCGAGCCCCCGCCCGAGCCCGUCGACUGGAACUUCGCCCAGCGCGAGCUGCUGGAGGAGCAGGGCAUCGACAUCAAGCUGGAGAUGGAGAAGAGGCUCCAGGACCUGGAGAACCAGUACCGGCGGGAGAAGGAGGAGGCGGAUCUCCUCCUGGAGCAGCAGAGGCUGUACGCGGACUCGGACAGUGGGGACGACUCGGACAAGCGCUCGUGCGAGGAGAGCUGGCGGCUGAUCUCCUCGCUGCGGGAGAAGCUGCCGGCCACCAAGGUGCAGAGCAUCGUGAAGCGCUGCGGCCUCCCCAGCAGCGGGAAGCGCCGGGAGCCCCUCCGGGUCUACCAGAUCCCGCAGCGCCGGCGCCUGGGCAAGGACCCCCGCUGGGUCACCCUGGCCGACCUGAAGAUGCAGGCGGUGAAGGAGAUCUGCUACGAGGUGGCGCUCAACGACUUCCGGCACGCGCGGCAGGAGAUCGAGGCCAUGAGCAUCGUGAAGAUGAAGGAGCUGUGCCGGCUCUACGCCAAGCGCGACCCCCACGAGAAGGAGAGCUGGCGGGCCGUGGCCCGGGACGUGUGGGACACCGUGGGGGUGGGCGAGGAGCGGGGCGAGGGGGAGCCGGGGGGCCCCAACCCGGCCGUGGACGACCUGCGGGCCCAUAUCGACAAGCUGACCGACAUCCUGCAGGAGGUCAAGAUCCAGAACAACAUGAAGGACGAGGAGAUCCGGGCCCUGCGCCACCGCAUGGUCAAGAUGGAGAGAGUCAUCCCCAUCUCCCAGGAGGACGGGGCGGCCGAGGACCUGGCGUACGACUGGGGCUCCCCGCUGGAGGAGCCGGAGCCGGCGCCGGAGCGGAGCCACGAGCGCGUGUGCCGGCUGAUGGAGCAGGACCCGGCCUUCCGGCGCGGCCGUCUGCGCUGGCUGAAGCAGGAGCAGGCCCGGCUCCAGGGCCUGCAGCAGCAGCAGCUCGGCAAGGGCCUCCGGCGCCAGCCCCACGCCCCCGGCAAGUUCGUGCCCCCCCAGGACUGCAAGCUGCGUUUCCCUUUUAAGAGCAGCCCCCACCACCGCUACUCGUGGGGCCCUAACUCCGCCUUCAUGGUGGCCGGGGGCGAGGAGCCGCGGGCGGAGGGCGACGGCCCGGGACAGGAGCCGGCCCCGGGGUCGCCCCGGCACCGGCGGCCCCACCCCCCCGGCGGCCCCCAGCACAAACACUGCAGCCGUCCGACGUCCCGGGCCCCCCACCGGCGCAACUCCCUGGACGGGGGGAGCCGGGCCCAGCCCUCCCGCCCGGAGCACCACCCGUCCCGCAAGCACAACUAUUACCCGCAGCAGCACCAGCCUUACCCGCAGCACCGCCCCCACCCGCCCUACGCCGCCCCGCCCCGCAUGCGCCGCCAGCACUCCGCCCCUGAGCUCCAGGAGCAGGAGACCCCCGUGUAGCCGCCGCCCCGGCCCCCUCUGCCGCGCAGGAGCAUGGGAAACUGAGGCGAGCCGCAGAGCACUGUGGGAAAGCCAGGGGGCGAGGGCCAUGCGGCGGAGGAGCUUGGGACAUGAGGGCGAGCCCCUUUGGCUCAUGGUGAAACCGGAGAGGGGAGGAUCAUGGGAAAUUGGAACAAGGCACGUUGGACCAUGGGAAAAGUGCAGAGUGGAGGAUCAUGGGAAAUUGGCAUGAGCUGCAAAGGACUGUGGGAAAACCAGAGCGAGGGGGCAACUGUGGAGCUGCAGAGGAUCAUGGGAAAUUGGUACAAGCCACGUUAGAUCAUAGGAAAAGUGCAGAGUGGAGGAUCAUGGGAAAUUGGGGCGAGCUGCAGAGGACUGUGGGAAAAUGAGGGAGGGGGCGAUUGUGGAGCUGCAGAGGAUCAUGGGGAAAGUGGAGUGAGCCAUGUGGGCACAUGGGAAACUUGCAGAGUGGAGGAUCAUGGGAAAUCAGGGUGAACUGCAGAGGCUCAUGGGAAAAAUGGGGCUGUGGAGGUGGGAGAAAGGGUGGUGCUGCAGAGCAUGAUGGGAAAUGAAGCCUGGGGCCAAGUGGCAGAGGAUUAUGGGAAAUCAGACAUGGGGCAGCUCCCAUUCUGGGGGUGGGUGGGAAACCCCCAGGAGCCUGCGGGCUUAGCCCCAAGCUUCCUGACUGUGGGGGCCUGUGCCCCCCAGGGGGCUCUGGGUGUUGGGACCCCCCCCGGCCCCAAAGGCCCCCACCCCGGGGGGCUCCCCCACAGACAAUCAGGUUAAUUGUAAUGCCCCCCGCCCUCCUGGUCACGUCAAAAGGCCCCUACCCCAUACAGCUGCUACUGGAGGGGGCCGUGGGGUAUGGGACUCUUUCCCCCCCCCCCAAGCCAGAAGAUUGAGGGGGAGGAGGGGCCAGAUGUGGAGCUGCGGGGGGAGCCAGGACUCCUGGGUUCUGUCCCUGGCUGCCAUUGGUAAGGGGGGGGCUGUGCCUAGAUGUGACACUGAAGAGACGGUUCCUGGCCUGAAACCUGCAGGCAUCUUGUCCUGAGCCCUCAAGCGGGGUGGGGGGCUUCACAGCUGGCCCCCCAUCCUGGCCCCCCAGCUCUGAGAUCCCCCCCUCCCCGCAGAGUGGGGCCCGGGCAGAGAUGGACAAGCCCUGCCCCCCGCCCAGGGGCAUGAAGCCUGAACACCGAGACAUUCACCGGUACUGCCUUCGACCCCCCCGUGGGGUAUCCCCCCAUUUCAGCCUCCCUGCCCCCCCCAGACACGUUGGCCUGUGUGUGUGUUGUGUCUGUGCAUCCUGCCCCCCCCCCCGUCCAUUUUCUGGGGUUGGAUUUAUUCUUUUGGGGGAGGGGGCAGGCCGAGGAAUUAUAUUGUUUCCCCCCCCCCGUAUUAAACAUAUAAACUGCC